UCAUCCCCCGGGCUGCUCGCCAUCGGCUGCUUUCACUCUGACCUCCUUCGCCUUACGCCCCUCGUGGCUUCUCUCUCUCUUGUGCGAGAAACAAGGGAACCUCUGGUGCCUGUACCUUUCCUCCCUCGAGCUCCACUACCUCUGCAACCAUAACCCACUCUCCGCCCCCGCACGCAUCUAUUUGUUUCCCGCCUUCUCUCUCUCUCUCUCUCUUUUAUUUGGAAGAUUUAGGGGUGGGUUUGCGACUGCUAGUGGUUUAUGAGCUAUGCAGCUGGAUCUUUAGGUUUUCAAUUCCUCUAGGUGGAUGCAUGAGACAAUUUGAAGCUACAAACAUUGCCUAUUCUCUUGCUAAUUUGACCUGGGUUUUUUAAGGUGCGCGCAUGUAUUAGUGGAGAACUAGAGAUAUGAUCCUGGUGGUGUAGUCCAACUACUCAUGUGAGAUUGCCACCCUCGCCAGAGGCUUGCGAAAUCCUUCGCAGCAAGGAACAGAGAUCUUAUGGCAUAUGAGAGGGAGAGAGCACGUGCAAUUGUUAAUUGCCUUUGAUCAUUACUAUUUGACGGUUAAUUCCAUUUCCAUUAUUAAGUGGAUGUUCUGCAGUGAAGAUUGUACCCGGAUUUAUCCAAAUUCAACUUGUAUGGAAUGAAAGUUAUUGUUGUACAAAAAAGUUUCUUCUCCUAUGAAUGUGCUGUUCAAAAGAAAAACCUUCCAAGUUUCGGGUUCCUUUUUUUUUGGAAUUUCUCAAUUAAUUGAAUGGUGAACAAGGCCUAUGAUGAUGUCUGUAUUCAAGUACCUCGAUCUCGGGUUAGUCUUUUCCAUGGAUUCCUUAACGAAUGCAAAAUUACAGAGAAGAUAAAGAUCUCUGAAUGCUUGAAUGGUACUCACUAUGAGAUAUAUGGUUAUGUUCGGUCAAAGGGUUCAUCAGAGCAUUUCCUAUUUUUGCUAUAUUUCACGGUCAUUAUGUGAUCGUAGCUUUAGAGACGAUGGUGGUGACAAUGGGUGUGAAGUUAAUGAUAGCUUCCCAAAGGGAGGUAGUCUAAAACUAGAUUUUGACUCUGCAAUGCACAUGGAUCCUACUGCAACCCUCCCUGAGAUGUCCAUUGUAGGAAUUCAUGACAGUGAUGAAAAUGGUUCUCAGGAAGAUUUUUCCCAUCAACAGAGAGUUUUCAAUGAUGUACGGUUUGAUGCUGAUAGAAUUCUGGAAAUUCUCCACCAAGAUGAACCGGGUUUUGAUGUUAGAUUGGCUUUAGAUGAGUUGCAACUCGGGCUGUCAACUUUCCUCGUCAGAGAAGUUCUCAAAAGGAUUUUGAAAACUAUAAACCAUACAAAUAGGAACCGCAGUGCAAAGUUGAGUUACAAGUUCUUCGUGUGGGCCAGUCUGCAAAGUAACUACAGUCACACCUCGAACACCUACCACUUGCUUAUGAGUAUCUUUGCAAAUUGUCAGGAGUGGAAGGCAAUGGGGAGAUUAGUUGAUCAGAUGACCGAAUAUGGGUUGCCUACUACUGCCAGAACAUUUAACAUCUUAAUAUGUGCUUUUAGCGAGGCAGGUAUGAGGAGGAGAUUAGUGGAGAGGUUCAUUACAUCAAAGACAUUUAAUUAUAGGCCGUUCAAGCACUCCUACAAUGCAAUUCUACACUCUCUUCUGGCAGUAAAGCAAUACAAUUUGAUUGAGUGGUUGUAUCGGCAAAUGCUUGUUAAUAAGCAUUCCCCUGAUGUUUUAUCUUACAACAUACUUUUAUGUGCGAAGUACAGACUUGGAAAGUUAUUAGAGUUCCAGACAGUGCUUGACGAGAUGCUUAGAAGUGGAUUUUUCCCGGAUUUCCACACAUAUAACAUCUUACUCCAUGUGCUUGGGAAAGAUGACAAACCUUGUGAAGCUCUUAAGCUAUUAAAUCACAUGAGAGAAGUUGGUUGUGAGCCAAACAUUCUCCACUUCACUACAUUGAUGGAUGGGCUGAGUCGGGCUGGAAAUUUGGUUGCCUGCCAAUAUUUUUUUGAUGAGAUGGUUAGGAAAGGGUACAUGCCGGAUGUAGUGUGUUACACGGUCAUGAUCACAGGAUACAUUGUUGCUGGUGAGCUUGAGAAUGCUCAAAAAAUGUUUGACGAGAUGAUUGUCAAAGGGCAGCUGCCGAAUGCUUUUACAUACAAUUCCAUGAUACGUGGCCUUUGCAUGGCCCAGAAGUUUGAAGAGGCACGCGCAAUGCUGGAUGAAAUGGAAUCUAGAUGUUGCAGUCCAAAUUUUAUUGUUUACAGGACUCUAGUUGCUAAUCUGCGGAAUGCUGGAAAGCAGCAUGAAGCUUAUAAAGUAGUAGAACAGAUGGUAAAGAAGGGGCAUUAUAUCCAUCUUCGCUCAAAACUUGAGGGAUAUGUUAAAGAAUCUAGACGGAGAAAUGUGUACAAGUAGAAGAUUCUUUUGUUAUGACCUCAAAAUAUGAUACUUAUUUUAGUUACCAUGGUUCAAUUGUGACCUUUGCUGGCUGAUGCUCAUUCCAGACUUCACAGAAGUCUAACAGAGUGGCUAUUAUGAUGAUUGUAUCUCUGUAAAGUAUGUGCUCUUUUAUUUUUAAUGUAUUGUCAUAUGAGGCGAGACUAACCAAUAAAACCAAGCUAAUUUUUUUUAAACCUCCCUUAAUAAUGGAUCACCCCCACCCCUUGUAGUAGGAAAUAAUUCAGGAUUGCUUGAUUAGAAGGUAUGUUUUUUUUUUUGGGGGGGGGGGGGUGCGGGGGAAGGAGUUGGAGGAAAAGUGGACAUGACUCAUGUGAAGCAUUCAAAAGAUUUAAAUAAGAUUAUUUUGUGUAUUUUUAUUUUA